CGCUUCCAGAGUGAAGAGAAGGAUCACUAUGUCGUCGCCAGCGCCGGAGCCGUACGUGGUGGAGGACUGCCGCGGCGUGAUGCAGCUGAUGAGCGACGGCACGGUACGGCGCAGCGCCGAUCCGCCGGUCGCGGCUGAGAUCACAGCCGACGACUGCGGCGUCGAGUGGAAGGACGUGACGUGGGAGCCGGAGCACGGCCUCAACGUCCGCCUCUACCGGCCGCUCCGCGCGGCCAACGACGCGCGGAUCCCGGUGGUGGCCUACUUCCACGGCGGCGGCUUCUGCAUCGGCUCCGGCCGCUGGUCCAGCUUCCACUCCUGCUGCCUCCGCCUCGCCGCCGAGCUCCCCGCCGUGGUGCUCUCCUUCUACUACCGCCUCGCGCCGGAGCACCGCAUCCCCGCCGCCCAGGAGGACGGCGCCAAGGCCAUGUCGUGGCUCCGCGCCACUGCCGCCGCCGACCCCUGGCUCGCCAACGCCGCCGACUUCGCCCGCGUCUUCGUCGCUGGCGACUCGGCCGGCGGCAACAUCGCCCACCACGUCGCCACCGCGUUCGGCAAGACCGGCCUCGGCCCCGCCGUCCGGCUCCGCGGGCACGUCCUCCUCAUGCCGGCCAUGGCCGGCGAGGCCCGGACGCGCGCCGAGCUGGAGUGCCCGCCGGGCGCGUACCUCACCACCGAAACCUGCGACAAGUACUGCCGCCUCGCGCUGCCCGGCGGCGCGACCCGGGACCACCCGGCGAUCAACCCGGCGGGGCCGGAGGCGCCGGGGCUGGAGGCCGUCGAGAUGCCCCCCGUGCUCGUCGUCGCCGCGGAGCGCGACGUGCUCAGGGAGCGGAACGCGGCGUACGCGCGGCGGAUGGAGUGGGGCAAGGACGAGGAGUACGUGGAGCUCGCCGGGGUGGAGCACGGGUUCUUCAGCAGGGACCCGUGGUCGGAGCGCGCCGACGAGCUCCUCCGGCUGGUCCGGCGGUUCGUCGUCGAGCACCAUGACUGUUUGCACCUGAGGUUCUCUUCGUCCACCGGUACAGUGGAAGCAUGCCGCUGCCCACGGUCCUGCAAAUCUCCUCCUGCUACCUGCUCUACGUCAUCAUGUUCAUCUACGCGCAGCACCUCAGCCGCGGCCUCCCGGAGCCCGCCGUCGACACGCUCCACCCCGGCGCGCUCGUCUUCGCCGUCGGCGUCGCCGGCAACUUCUACCACCACCACCUCCUCUCGAGGCUUCGAACCGACGGCGGUGGCGGCGCCGCCGGCGGCGACAGGGGGUACAAGAUCCCCCGGGGCGGCCUGUUCGAGCUCGUCGCCUGCCCGCACUACCUCUUCGAGAUCGUCGUGUUCGCCGGGCUCGCCAUGAUCGCGCAGACGGCGUUCGCGCUCGCUCUGGCCGUCGGCACGGCGGCCUUCCUCGCCUGCCGGAGCUGCGCCACCAGGAGGUGGUACGCGGCCAAGUUCGAGGAGUUCCCGGCGGGGAUCAGAGCUCUUGUGCCAUAUGUCCUGUAGCGAGAUAGGAGUGGUUGCGCGCUAGUCUUCAAUCUUUAUGCUUGGAGUCGGCGAAAUGGUGUCCAUUUGUUGUUGUGCAAUAGGAUGGGCCUUGCUAGUACGCUCCUCCUGGGUCUUAUGCACACAACUUCUACAGUUCUACUUAUAACUUCUCCGGAUUAUUGAAACUGGAAUAGCUUUUCUGAAUAACAUUCAACAUAACUCCCAGGGGAAUGUUGUCAUGAAACUUUUUAAGAGGAAACUUAUUUUUGGAAA